CUUCUCGAGCUUCGCGUGGCGAAAAUAUGUACAUCGUUGCUAAAAUCAGUUACACGUUACUGAUGGCACAGAGCUUUCUGCGAGUGAAUUGUGGCAGGAUUCCGAGUCUCGCUAAUCCUCCAGUAACACACAGGGUGAAUUUUCCGUCCCGACUGUACCUCCCGGGUCGUGAAAAUCUUGGUGAAAAGAAUCGCGUCGUAGGAAGAGAAAGAGACCAAGGAAUAGAAGCGUCAAACGAUACCGGCGGAGUUCGAGAAAACGAUCUGCAAGUCAUACCCUUGGCGGUUUACCGCGAUCAGCGAAACGGGUUCCAAUAUCAGCCAAUAAUCUCGCGGCAGUUUUACCCGAGUUUCUUCGAGUAUCCGAGGCAUUUGCAAUCUGCGGUCCCAAACUCGAGGCGUCCGUUUUCCCGGGGACCAAAAUCGGGACGGCCAAUAAUCAGCGUGGCGAACGAGCCGAAACCAAUAACAAAUUCGAAGUUGCCACAGCUGUUCCGGAUCGCCGACGAUCUCGGUUACGGGGCGGAAAUUCCGAGCGCGGAAAAGCUCGUCCUGGAAUUGACUCCUCCCGAGGUCGAUGGCUCAGGGAUUCCGGGAAUUUCGGGGGACGUCAGGCCCGUAUUCGAGGACUCGGAUAAUUGCGAGGAGGAUCAUGACCGCCCGGAUUGUCAAUUAGCGACGGGCGGCGUUCAAUCGGCAUUCAAUCGGUCCGUUGAUCCGCGUCCUGCGUUCUCCGGAAGUCCAAGAACCGUCGCCGAACGUAUCGAGAUGAAGAUGGAGGCUUUACCCCGGGCUUUUGACGCCGGAUAUUGCAAUUAUCCGCACCGUAGUCGUCUAGAUAUUAACAGGAAUCCUACCUCGAGUCUCACCUUCCGGAAACACGGAGCUUACGAACAAUUGGCUGCGAACAAUGUUCACAACAACAAACCUUUUGGUAGCUACAAGUUGGCGAGAGAUGAAGAGCCAAGAUCCUCAGGCAAAGGAGGAUCUUCUUCGAAUGAUAGAAGAGUGUUGGAGUCUAAUUUUAAGGACACGAGAAGUUAUUUUACAGACAUUAAGUAACGGAAUGUUUUUUUUCUAUCUCCAUGUAAGGAUGGUCCGUUUUCA